AAGGAAAACUUACUUUCGAUAUAUAGCAGCCGUUAAAAGGAUUUAUUAGGCGUGUUACAAAAAUGUAAACAGCUAAGUUGGAUACUUGCUACAGUACAGUAUAAGUAAUGGCUUUAACUCAAGACAGCACCAAAUGUUGCACAGACAGCAUAGUAGACCUUUCCAUAGGACAGAAUAAAAAGACUGGUCUUUCUAAAAGCUCCUGUGUAGACAGUGGUGCAGAAUCUGACAGAGAGGAUGGAGAAUGGAGUAUAGAGAGACAAAUUGCUUGCUUAAACCAAGCAGAUGAUACAGAUGGAGAUCAUUUUAACAAUGUUGAUGGGGAAGACAAAAACAGUAAACAGUCUGAAGGACAAAGAACUGAAGAUGAUGUCUCAAAAAAUGAUUCAGAAAGAAAUAGGCAAAUGGAUGAAGAAGUGUGUAAAAAUAUCAAGAUAAGAGACAGUCCUGGCAGUAUCGAAAGGCAAGUGAUUCAAAGUCAGCCACCUUAA